AUCAGUGCAUUCCUGUAUUUCUUUAGAAAGAGUGCAAGAAGGCCAACAUUUAAAAACACUGCAAUAAAUAUUUAAAUUUUUCCUUAAGAAAAAGUAUGUCAAAAUAUAUAGAAACAAUAUUUACAUCAUAUGUAUACACAUAUGUUUUAAGGAGCCUCUUAAAUAUUGUUUUUGUUAAAUGUAGGAAUCAAGAAAGGGACAUUUUCUGUGCUAUAUAUGUCUCCUGAGACUUUACUGGAUAUAGAUUCCUGGAAAGACCUGCUGUUGAGUUCUAAGGUUUAUAAAGAGAGUGUCUGCCUAAUUGCAAUAGAUGAGGCACACAUUAUGGAGUCAUGGGGUGAAACAUUUAGACCUACAUUUGCCAGACUUGGCGAGCUGAGGUCCCAUUUCCCCAGCACACCCUUUUUAUUGUUAACUGCCACAUGCACACAACAUAUCUUGAGGCAAAUUACAACAAAGAUUCACCUACCCAACUUGAAAAUGUUUAGUGCAUCUCCUGACAGGCCAAACAUAUACCUUGAGUGUCAAAGAGCCAGUGACAUUUUCAAAGACCUUCACUGGCUAUUUGAGGAGGUGAAGGAAAAGGGAAUUAAAACUAGGAAGUCUUUGAUAUAUGUCAGAAGUUUAAGUAAAGGUGGCUGCCUGUACAGAGACAUAUUAGGUCAUUUGAAAGAGCAUGCAUUCCAUGAGAAAGAGAAAACUCAGCAAAACAGCUUCAUUGCACUAUAUCAUGCUGGAAUGAAUUCCAAAGACUUGAACUAUAUACUUCAUGAAAUUUCAAAACCAGACAGUGUCAUCAGAAUUGCCAUAUGCACCAUUGCUUUUGGCAUGGGCAUAAACAUUCCUGAUAUUGAUGUAGUAAUUCAUUGGGGUGCUUGUUAUUCUAUCAUGGACUACUGGCAGGAGGUGGGUAGGGCAGGGCGAGAUGGAAGGGAAGCUCAAGCCUUAUAUUUUAUUACACCUGGAUCACUUUUGCACACAAGUGAUGAAAUGAAGGAGUUGUGUAGAUCAGUAGAGAAGAAGGAAUCCAAGUGUUUUAGGCAUACUAUCUUAUCUCAUUUUAUUGGCCAUAACAGCACAUCACAACCAGUUUGCACACUUCAGUGCACAGAAUGCAACUGUUCAUCGUGCAAGUGUUGCUAUUUGUGCCGUCAAGAUUGUCCGUGUAGGAAUGACAAAUGAAAGACAAAGUAAGUGACUCUAAAUAUCAUAUUUUCAAACACUCAUGUACUUCCUCCUAUUCAUACAAAAAUUCUUCAUUUUCAAGUGCUUUUACAUA